AUAGGAGCUAAUCAUCUUUGUUUCAAAUGUAUACUCACCUGGGAAAAUGUAGGCCUUAGUCUGUUGUAAUCCCACAAGAGAUCAACUAUUAAAAAAAAAUUACAGGGACGAGAGAAAAAAAACGUAUUUUUAAUAGAUGGGUUAGCUGGAAAUGUCACGAGAACAAUGUGCAUGCUUCUAUGGGGGCAGAAGUCAGCGUGUUGUGAUUCUGGAUGACCAGAUUGCUAGCAAGAAUGAGAAGCGUAAUGUGGGGAAUCGUAAGUGGCUCGUUUUCUUGAUACCAUGUCUUGUUUUGACAGAUUUCAUGUCAAUGCUAUGGCCCAAAUUCGCAAGCUAACCAACAACUUUAACGAUGUAUUUGAGAGACAAGUACACAUUUAUUUCUGUUUUUAAUAAACAUCGAAUUCGAAAUACAGUUGACAUGUCAGCAAUUUAAAGCCAACCCCGUGUGUUUUGCCCUAUAGUUGUGCAAGCGUUGAUUUUGUUGCUGAACAACCAACCCUUCUAUACCAGCGAGUUUUCAUUAGUUUACUUUGCUAACGCUGCACUGGUGUUUUCUUGAGGAAUUACAACAGUUUCGCAAGUGAGAUCGUCACAGCUUCACCAUGGCUCGCGGCUGCCUCUGCUGUGUCAAAUACAUGCUGUUCCUCUUCAACCUGCUCUUCUGGUUGGGGGGCUGUGGUUUGUUGGGUGUGGGGGUGUGGUUGUCUGUGUCUCAGGGCAGUUUUGCCACCCUAUCACCAUCCUUUCCCUCCAUCUCUGCUGCCAACCUCAUCAUCACCCUGGGUGCUGUCAUCAUGGUUACAGGCUUCCUGGGUUGCCUGGGUGCCAUCAAGGAGAACAAGUGUCUGCUGCUGAGUUUUUUCAUCACGUUGUUGGCUAUUCUGUUGGCAGAGCUGAUCCUACUCAUCCUGUUCUUCGUAUACACAGACAAUGUGAGUGAGAACGCCAGACAGGACCUGAAAGAGGGACUUACUCUGUACAGCACCAACAACAACGCUGGCCUCCGCAACGCCUGGAACACCAUACAGACAGAGUGGCAUUGUUGUGGGGUGAAUGGGUACACAGACUGGCACACUGCCCUGCAGGAGAAGGUGGUUCCUGACCACUGCUGCCAGGAUAUCUACCAGGACUGUGGGCGCAAUGCCACCAACCAGUUCUGGUCACAGGGUUGCUAUGAGAAGGUAGAGGAGUGGCUGGAUGACAAUAAACACCUGCUGGGAACCAUCGCCAUGUGUGUUCUGGUCAUACAGCUCCUGGGUAUGGCCUUCUCCAUGACUUUGUACCARCAGAUCCACCGAUCCGGGAAGAAGUACGAAGCUUAGAACACACACACACACAGAGUUUGAGACCCAUUACUUUUAUACAAAAUUAUACUCUAAAAAGACACACACACAUGCCACAAAACAGCUUUUUAUUUAGUGUUUUAUAUUUACACACCCUUGUAUCAUUUUCUGCACAAAGGCAAUUUUAAUGUUUUUUGAGGAUCAUCUUAAUGUUCUUGGCCGGGAUUCAAUCCGACUGCGGGUUGUCAACAAUUAAUGUGAUCUCAUGCAUGGUAAAUGGGUCAUUCCACAAAUAAAGUGCCAAAAAUCAGCAUUUUGACAUUGUCCCGCGUUAUGUUUUUCCAACUUCAGCCCAAAAUUCCUCCAUGUUUUAACCAUCAUUGAAGUUAUACUCUUAAAAAGUUGAACUAGUUAUGUUGUUGCUUUGACAGUAAUUUCUGAAGAUGUAUUUAUUUCAUGCGAUUAAUUUAUGUCUGUCCCUCAUUUUAAGGCCAACCCUGUUACGUGAACAUAACUUUUUUUAAAUAUAUAUAUAUGGUGAAUCUAUUCCUUUUUAAGAAGUUUUUUCUAACAAACAGUCAACUCAGUGUAAAGGAGGUGAACUGGUUCUACUCUUUUUGGCAAUUUUCUGGUGCUUUGUGCUUAAACUGAGCGUGUCAAUUAUAACGUCAUCCCUUUUACCCAUAGAUUGGAAUUGUUAAAACAUUUCUAGCCAAUAGUUUUGUGAAGCUUGCAUUCAAGUGUCCAUUCUCCCUGUCACAAGGGGAUUUUUAUUUAACCGCUUAAUGUGACACCGCUUAUGUUAAAUUAAUAGUUUGUUUUGACCAAUUUACACUGCCCAUAAUGUUAGCAUUUUGUGGAAGGACCCAAAUGCUGCAUAUAGCUCAAUCGGAAAUUCCCUUUAAGCUGAAUUGUCGACAACCCCGGCCCUAGUUCAGUUAUGGUGGGACUAAGUGUGGGUGAGGAAGGGGGGUUGGAUUGUGUGGGUGUAGGGACACCCCUCAGUCAUCCAGAAUAGAAUGAAUGGCUUGAACACAAAAAGAGUAGAGGGAAAGAGGUUUGGUUUCAUGCCUUAGAAAUCCUUAAACUGAUUAGUUAUAUUGUACGGAUGCAUUAUUGUAAAACCAGUUACUGGGAUGUGUUCAAUAAAAGUUACGCUUAUUCUGUCAAA